UUCGAAUCAAAAUGAAAUAUGGACAUUGCAUAUGAAGUUUGACAGAAACCUCAUUCAACAAAAUACUAUCCAGCUGAAAACAUCACAUUUGAAAAAUUACUAGAAUGGAAUCCAAUACCCUAAGGGAUAAAGUUCGCAAGACGGUUGCGAUUAAUCGGGCGAAUAAUCGCUCAAAAAUUUUCAACCAGAACCGCACCAUUGACGAGGAGCUGCCUGAACUGAAGAUGGAGGAGGACGCUCACCAGAAGCAUCACGAUCAGCGACUCCUCGAUUUGAAGGAACAGCGGGCAAAGGUUAAUCUUCGAGCCAAGCUAAUCCAAGCAAUACCGGUGAGCGAACAAACCGUGGCGUUUGGAUUUAGAAGCGAGACAUUCAAGGCGCCCAGUGAUCUAGAAAUGCAUGAUUCACCUUCUCUAUAGAAAUAUAUUUUUUGCCAAAGAGAACAUAACUUAAAAUAAGUGUAUUUAAUAGAGAAUACCUUCCUCCCAAGUUGAAGUUGUCGCGAGGAAUUCAAAAUUGUGCGCUUCUGAUGUUAUGUUUAUGUGAUGGUAAAAAUCUUAAAAAAAAUUGUUUAUUUUGAUGGCUGAUUGAACUGCGGAUUCCGUAGGAUUUAAAUCGCACUUUUCUGAGACGGACCCCGGUCUGGACAACCUUGGAUCGAUUUGCGCCUUUAAUUACAGCUGUCUUACAUAUGAGAGUUAUUGGACUGUGACUGCUACUCUCAAUGACGGUUUUGAUUCUAUUUUUUCAUCAAAGUCCAUACUUUUGGUCACAACCGGGUUUGCAAUGAACUUCAGACUCGAGUUGAACUAGAAAUCUCAAGACUUGCUUAAUUUUUCAAGACUUUGUUCAAGACUUAGCACAAGACUCUACAUACUCGAAUGUCGGAUUUCGAUGUUCAGUUUUAUUCAACUAAAUUCUUAAUUUGCAAGGCGCUGCCAAAUCUGGAUUACUUUUAUCGGAAAAGUUGGCGACAUACGUCUUAUUUGGUUAUAAAAUUAUUUUAUGAAA